UCUGCUGCACAGGCUCAGUUUCCGCUUCCCUCCCAAAGCGGGGUGAGAGGGAGGGCGGCCGAACCCUGGCCCCUGCCGCCGCCGCCAUGUGGCCCCCAGACCCCGAUCCGGACCCCGAGCCCGCGGGCCGCUCUCGGCCCAGCCCGGCCGCCGCCGGGCUGCGCGCCCUCCUGCCGGCUCGCGCCUUCCUCUGCUCGCGCAAAGGCUGCCUCCUGCUGGCCGAGUCGGGUCUCUCGUUCAUCGCCUUUGUCUCCUAUGUGGCGUCCUUGGCAUCCACCUUCUUCACGGCACCCCUGCUGGAAUUCCUGCUGGCCCUCUUCUUCCUCUUUGCUGAUGCCAUGCAGCUGAAUGACAAGUGGCAAGGCUUGUGCUGGCCCAUGAUGGACUUCCUUCGCUGUGUCACGGCGGCCCUCAUCUACUUUGCCAUCUCCAUUACGACCGUCACCAAAUACUCUGAUGGGGCUUCCAGAGCAGCCGGUGUGUUUGGCUUCUUUGCCACCAUCGUGUUCGCAAUUGACUUCUACUUGAUCUUCAAUGAGGUAGCCAAAUUCCUCAAACAAGGGGACUCCACAGACGACACGCAGGCAGGGACCAGAUGCUCCCUCCCAAAGUGGCCAAAGGAAGAAGGUGACAAAGAAGUAGAAGAGGACUCUGACUCUGACUCUGACUGAAGGCCCGCUCUUGCUGGGCAAGCCGAACCCCCUGGGACCUUCACACCUGUACCUCCUGCGCAAGCUGGCUGGCAGUGUGGCCAGGGGACGCUGAGUUGGAAGGAGGCUGUGACUACUCGAGCAGCAGCAGGAGAUGCUGACAGUGGGCCUCCCCACAGCCUCAAGGUAUAUGUGUUCCAGAGUCCAGCAUACAAGAUGGUAUCCCUUGGCUUAGCACUAUUUAACUACUCUGCACAAGGGCAUCUUAACUAUUCCAGCCCUCACCCGUUUCUGCCCCCAUGGACUUUAUGUCGUUUAACUUCUCUGCCAAAGACAAGCACAAAGAAGCAAAGCCUCGCGUUUUCGCCAAUGCUCAGAUCUUGGUGUCGGAUGGAGCCUUACAAACUGUCCGUCACAGAGAGCAUUGCACACUGCAAGGUGGAGCAGAAGGGUAAGGGCUGGGGCAAGGGAGGCUGGUCUGUUCACAAAUGGGGAUAAAACAGAAUCCACAGCAGGGCCAACCCACCAGGUCCCAGUGGCUCCUCCUGACACUCAUCUACAUCUGGUGCAUCUGCUCAGCCAGGCACUUUGUUGAGAAUAAUUCCAUGUCUUCCCUCUUCUUGAAGCUUCUCAUCUAGGAAAGAGUGGGUCUCAGGGCCUAUAACUGACACCCUCACCCUUGGAGACAACGCCUUCUGUGGGUGAGAUGGCUAUUCUGGGUCUAAGACUGUUUCAAAGAAAAGUUCCUUGACUAGCUGACCAGGUCCAAAAGACAGACAGUACCAAAUGAUCUAAUAGCAGGGCAGCAUCCUGGGCAGCUGGGCAGGCCCAGCCACACCCCCUCUUGUGGGAGAGAGGUUCUUGGGAUGCAUCUCGGGAUGCACGUACUUCUAGACACCAGAGCAGGUUUACUGACCAUCUCAUGAGGGAUGAGCCGAGCCUUCUGUGUCACCUAAGGACUUACACUGUGUAUGUAUCUUCAGUGGAAUUUUGUAACUUUAUAUAAUUUUUUUUUAUACAAAAGCAGCUUCUUAACAAAUGGCAUUUCCUGCGACCCAAGGGGCCUUGUGAAUGAGCCUGAGCUCUGGGCCUGGGUUUGGGGCAUUUGUAUCCUUUUUCUCUCUUGCAUGUGACUCUCCUACCCUGAAAAAAUCAUACUGGAUUAAAGCAGACCGACUGCCUGCUUGGAAUGUG